AUGUUAUCAUCCUAUAAUUCUUGUGUCGUAAUUUCACAUAUUUUAGAUUUUUAUACAAAAGAAACGAUUAUCUUCCUAGCUCAUAGAAUUCCUUAUCUAUUCGAUUUAUUCGGUGGUCAUAUAUCAGCACUAUUAGUUGCUUGUGAUAAACAUAAUACAGGUGAUGCUGUUUCUCGCCUAAGUGAUAAAAUUGGUGUUUGUGUUGUUACUACUAGACCUGGUUUAAUCAAUACCAUAACAACAAUAAAAAAUACUCAAAUGGCUGAAAGUCCAUUAUUAUUACUCGGUGGUUGUGCUGCUAAUUUAUCCAAAGGACGUGGUGCAUUACAAGAUAUUGAUCAUAUGUCAUUAUUUAAAUCAAUAUCAAUUUUUAUUGCUCAAUCAAGAACUCCAGAACCAGUAUUCGUUGAAUUCCCAAUUGAUGUUUUAUAUCCCUUUCAUUUGGUUGAAUGCGAAGUUGUUUUUGAUGAACAAAUAUGUUUACCAAUAGCGCCAGAAAUACCUUAUGCAUCAAAUCUUUCUAUUGAAAAAGCUGCAGAACUUGUUCGAUCAGCAAAAACCCCAGUUUGUUUAUUAGGUAAUCAAAGUAUUCUACCAUCAAAAAAUCGACAAUCAAUGGGUAUUCCACGUUUUCUUGGUAGUAUGUCAAGAGGUUUACUUGGAUUAGAAUCAACUGUAGAUCAUUUAAAUCCAGUUCAUGUUUUACAAGAAUUAGAAAACCAAUUACCAGAUAAUGCUAUUUUAAUUAGUGAUGAUGGAGACUUUGUAGCUACAGCUGCUUAUAUAUUUCGUUCGCGAGGACUAUUAACUUGGUUAGAUCCAGGUGUAUUUGGUACGUUAGGUGUUGGUACGGAAUUUGCUCUAGAUGCAAAAUUAGUUCGAUCUGAAGCAAGUGUUUGGAUUAUUUAUGGCAGUGGCGUAGCCAAGGGAGGGGCAAAUGGGCAAUUGCCCAUUUCAUUUGGAGAUUUGCCCAUUGUAAUUUUUAUGCGUCAGUUUUUGCCCAUUGAAAUUUCACUUUUUCAGAAUUGUUUAUUUAUUUUUGAAUUAGAUAAUAACUCAUUUUCUUUUCUUCCGUCUGAAUCACACAUGCAUUUUUGCUUGUUCUUUCUGUGAAGCAUGAAGAAAAGACUCGCUUCUGGUAUUUUCACUAGAGUUGCUAGAUGAAAAACUUAAAAAUCAGAAAUUCUUGUUUUUAAAAUCAGAAAAAAAUUAGAAUUUUUUUCUGAAAUUGGAAACUAAUCAUAAAGAGUAACUUUUUGCAAACCAAGGACUAUCAUGUUGACAUACUUGCACAAAAGGCUUCACGUUUUUUUUUGUUUAUCGGCUCAUACUUUGUUUUUAAAAGCAUUUCAUAGUAAAGAAAAACAACACAACCAUUAUAUAGCUUAGAGUAAAAGAUCAUAUACUGUAAGCUUAGGAGAUUGAUCACAGUUGAAUCAAAUGAAGACUCUCACUAUCAAACUAACUAAUUAAAAAUAUGCGCUGCCAGUAGCGUACACACAUUGAGAAGAAGUUUCCAGUUUGUUACAUACCCUCACUACUAAAUUUCGUCAACGCUUAGUUUUCUUUUUUUUCGUCAUGGUUGGAUGGGACACAACCAUUUACAUAAGAAAAAACAAUAUCAUGCAUAUCAAAAAGCAAAUUCAACAAAGUCUAAGAUAAUUCUUUUUUUAAUUAUAAGGGUAAUAAACAAAAAAUUUUAAUUGCUGUCAAAUUGCUUUUGAAUGUGAGUAAUAUUGCUUCUUCCUACGUCAAUAGUCGUGUUCCAUCCAACCAUGAUGGAAAAAGAAAACUAAAGGUUGAUGAAAUUUCGUACUGUGGAUACAUGACACAUUGUAAAUGUUUUAAAAUUUAAACAAUUCUGUCUGUGUACACUAUUGGCAGCUCAUGUUUUAAACUAGUUGUUCCGUAUGUGAAAGCAUUCAUUUGAUGCGACUAUGAUAAAUCUCCUUAAUUUGCUGCAGCAUGGUCUUCAGUUGUUAGUUAAUACAAAAAAAAAAGUCAGGAAAAGACACCUAGUGUCGGAUUCUUUUACAAAAACCAAAACUCUGUUUACGAAAAAUAUGCACAAAAAAAUCAUCUAGAUAAACAAUGCAGAUCAAAAAAUCUUACGAAAAAUAAUCAAAGUUAUAGAACAUAACUUCUAUAUUAUUUUUCAAGUUUUCCUUCGUUCAAAAUUCUCUCAAUAAAUGUUUUUGAGCUAAAAUAUGUUUACAAAAUCGUUCAAAAAAAAAAUUGGCAUUCACUAUUCAGUUCAGCAACGCAACAAUUUACUGAUAUAUUAAAGCACUUAGCAGUGGCUACAGAACCCAGAAACUACAAGAGAUUAAGAAAGGAAAGAAGGUAGCGGAAUACGAAUCUAUAAUAUUAAUGGGUUACACUCGUAAUUAAUUCCACUAGUACAGCCGCCAUCUAAAAACGUCUGGAAUUUGACAACAAAUCAGAAAAAUCAAAAGAUCAGAAAAAAAUCAGGAAAAUGUUCAAAUUUCAGAAAUUUUCUUGGCUUUUCAGAAGAUCUAGCAAGCCUGAUUUUAACUGUAAGUUUGGGUGAACGUGAGUUCGAUUUUAUUGGGAAAACACUAUCCACGUAAACGUAGAGAAGGAUAGAUCAAAAAGAAGAGAAUUAAGAGAACACACACGAACAUAUAUAUGUCUACACAUAUAUACAUCUAGAGUGACAUAUAGAAGAGAAAGAAGAAAUCCAAUGGCGUAUAUGUGGAAAUAUAAAGGAAAAAAAACCAAUAUGUGAAAUGACGUAGUUCGUAGAGAAUACGUCUAUGUGUGUUGUACAGAUACAUAUUUGAAGAAUCCUCAACACUAACUUAUGCAUUUGUUUUUUUU